CUCCAGCUCGCUUUCCAUGUCUGUCCUUUUUAAUUAUCCCUAUAAGACAGAGAAAGAGAGAGACAGAGGAGCGAACGGCCAUUAGCUACCGACGUUAACCUCGGGCGACUGGGCCGGUUCCUCUUGAACUCCCAAAGUCCCAAUCUCCCACUCAAUAUAUACCCAACCCAGCCCAACCCACCCUCAAAAUUCUCACCUUCCCCUCUUUGGGGUUUCUUAGUUUAUCUCAAGAGGGAGAAAGGAUUUGGGAGGGGGGAGUGGUGCUCAUCUCAACAAUAACCUAGGUUCUUCUCCUUCACACCCUCCGAUCAUACUACUCCUCUUGUUCUUUUAAUGGCUCCAGCUUCUAUCUCUGUUUCCCUACUUUGGGUUCUUAUCCUUUUGUUCACUUCAGGGGUGUUUUCGGCUACAUUCACAAUAACCAACAACUGCGGCUACACAGUAUGGCCGGGAGUGCUAUCAGGCGCCGGAACAGCACAGCUAUCGACGACUGGUUUCGUUCUGCAGAAGGGUGAGUCUAAGACAAUCUCCCUUCCGGCCUCUUGGUCAGGUCGGCUCUGGGGUCGCAGCCUUUGUAAGGAAGAUUCUAGUGGGAAGUUCUCUUGCGUAACGGGCGAUUGUGGCUCCGGGAAGGUAGAAUGCGUCGGGGGCGGGGCUGCACCUCCUGCAACUCUGGCCGAGUUCACAUUAAACGGCGCUGGCGGCCUAGAUUUCUACGAUGUGAGCUUGGUGGAUGGAUAUAACCUUCCGAUGCUGAUAGUACCGCAGGGGGGUUCGGCAGGGAACUGCAGCUCCACUGGGUGUUUGGCGGACGUGAACGCAGCGUGCCCGUCGGAGCUGAAGGUGGUAUCAUCGAGCGUGGAGAGGAGCGAGAGCGUGGCGUGUAAGAGCGCAUGUGAGGCCUUUGGACAGCCUCAGUACUGCUGCAGUGGUGCGUACGGGAAUCCCAAUACGUGCAAGCCAACUUCUUACUCUCAGCUCUUCAAACGAGCGUGCCCUCGUGCCUAUAGCUACGCCUACGAUGAUGGGACUAGCACCUUCACUUGUGCUUCCGCGAAUUACGUUAUCACUUUCUGCCCUUCUCUAUCAACCAGCCAGAAAUCGGCGGAAGGAACACAUCCAGAGGCAGCUGACGCACCUCCGCUGAAGGGGUCGAUGGUGUUCUUGGGCGCAGGGGAGUACGUGAGCGGGGCAUCACCCAAAACCAACAUGAGGAUGCAGCGAGAGCAGGUGUUGUUGGCUGUGUUGAUGGUAUCUUAUUGGAGUUGGAGGUUGCUGCUGGGACAACUGUUCUGACUUUUUAUAUGCAGAGCAGAGGUUAAAGCAAACACCAGACCCAAGGGAAAUGGGAGGAGAAGAGAAUGGCUUGUUAUCUCACACUUUACAUCACAUUUCUCUCUUUCAACGGUCUGACUCGAGCCAAACCCUCUUCUCACACUCAAUUCAACUCCACACAAUUUUUAGCUUAGCUAGCCGACCAUCUUCACAAAAUACAACAGGAGGUUCAGAAUUACACUUCACAUUUACAUUUUUAAUUUGUUUAUUUUUAUUUUUAUUUUUAUUUUUGUAAUGUAUUGUCGUAUAUAUAUAUAUAUAUUUUUUUUUUGCUUCAGGUAAUGCAUUAUUGUAUUAAUUGGGGGACAAGUGAAACAGAAAAAAAUAGGUGUAUCAUCUGUCAGAUUGGCUCCAUUAACAGGGAGGGGGAUGGUGAGAAGAGUAAAAUCAUUAAUUGAAAAACAAUUUAGAAGAAUAAGGGAUGUGAUUGUGAAACGAGA